GUUUUGAAUUCCCUCGAUUGUACAUAUCUCCUGUUAACACACGUACACACACGCUUGCUAAUCGGUGAGUGAUAGUUGGACAGUCUUAGGCACAUAUUAUAUUAUACUAGUAGUACUAACACCAUGGCUGCUAAGGCGACGACUCUGGAUGAUGCGUCUCUGUGGGAGGACGGUGAACAGGACCUCGAUGAGGAUAUCAAGAAUCUGGAUACGGAGAGUAUAAAAGUGCGCACGCGAUUGAUUGACAACGAAGCUUCGAUGCUCCGCAGUGAGAUGGUGCGAAUGCAACACGAAAUGAGCGAUGCACAGGAGAAGAUCAAAGAGAACGCCGAGAAGAUCAAAGUCAACAAAACAUUGCCUUAUUUGGUAGCGAAUGUGGUUGAGAUCCUUGAUGUAGACCCGAGCGAACAAGCCGACGAAGAGGGCGCCAACACCGACCUAGACUCACAGCGUGUGGGCAAAUGCGCAGUGAUCAAGACAUCUACACGACAGACUAUUUUCCUGCCUGUGAUUGGUCUGGUUGAUGUGGAGAAGCUUCUUCCCGGGGACUUGGUGGGCGUCAAUAAAGACUCUUAUCUCAUUCUCGACACAUUGCCCGCAGAGUACGACUCGCGAGUCAAAGCCAUGGAAGUGGAUGAGAGACCUACAGAGGACUACAACGACAUCGGUGGACUGGACAAGCAGAUUCAAGAGCUGGUGGAAGCCAUUGUACUGCCCAUGACACACGCUGACCGGUUCAAGAACAUUGGUAUCAAGCCGCCAAAGGGCUGUCUGCUGUAUGGGCCACCGGGAACGGGGAAGACUCUGAUGGCGCGCGCCUGUGCCGCACAGACACAGUCCACCUACUUAAAGCUCGCAGGGCCCCAACUGGUGCAGAUGUUCAUCGGAGACGGUGCAAAGCUGGUGCGCGAUGCGUUUGCCCUGGCCAAAGAGAAGUCGCCCGCUAUUAUCUUCAUCGACGAGUUGGACGCCAUCGGAACCAAACGCUUCGACAGUGAGAAGGCCGGAGACAGAGAAGUGCAACGUACUAUGCUUGAGUUGCUUAAUCAGUUGGAUGGCUUUGACAGUGAUGAUCGCAUUAAGGUUAUUGCGGCCACUAAUCGCAUUGAUAUUCUUGAUCCGGCGCUGCUGCGUAGUGGACGUUUGGACCGAAAGAUUGAGUUUCCGCUGCCCACGGAGAAGGCGCGAAGUGACAUUCUGCGCAUCCACUCCAGAAAGAUGAAUAUAUCACCUGAUGUGAACUUCGAUGAACUGGCGAGAUGUACCGAAGACUUCAACGGUGCCCAGCUCAAGGCUGUGUGUGUUGAGGCCGGUAUGAUCGCUCUACGAAACGAGUCGACUGAGUUGGCUCACGAGGACUAUCAGGAUGGUAUCCAGGAAGUACAGUCAAAGAAGAAGACUAGUCUCAAUUACUAUGCUUAGGUGUCCUACUAUAGAGUAUCAUGUAAAGCCAAUAAAUACAACCAAAUUUCAAUCGGAA